GUCCAAGACCCGGGCACCAGUACAUUGACAAUGGAGCAAAUCCGACAAUUCUCACAACAACGACAAUGUUAACUUGCCACGGGUGUAUGAGGCAUUGUCUGCAGACGAUCAUCGGAGACUCUGCUUUCCUCACUGCGGUAUCCCGACCUGCAUUAACCUCAAGUCUCAAUAACGUUCCGCUUCGACGAAGCUAUACUGGCACUUCAUACGAGAGGAGUCGUGCUGGGCAGGAAGCAAAUAGAGGCAGAUUCGGGGCUGACAUUUCGAACGAGAGAUGGCAAGCUGGAAAUGGAUCAGGUCGAGACAAAUUCGAGAAGCAUUCUCCAGCAAUUCGAAACAACAAUGAUUACGGCUUACCAUCAGAAAGUCAACCCUGGCGCAGAGGGAACUCUGCUAAGGUCUCCCCGAGGACGAUAGAGAGGAAGAAAUGGCUAGACUCAAGGGGCGUACGACCUCCUUCGAGGAAAGAAGUUAAGGCGGCACGUACCGAGAGCGAUAUAAGGCACCAUCUCAGCCUCCUGAAUGAUCCCCUGAAGCUUGCGGACUUCGUACGGCAGACGUUACGAAAAGAUGAUUUUGCUUUCGCCGAAGAGAUUGUGCGGGCGGCAAGUAAGAAUACUCUGUGUGUUAUCAGUUGGAAUCACUUAGUAGAGUGGCAAUUGAGCAAAGGGAAAAUGAAAGCUGCCAUUUCCACUUUCAACGAGAUGAAAAAGCGUGCCCAGGUACCAGAUGCAUAUACAUACACCAUACUCUUCAGAGGCUGCGCCGAUCACAAGGACUCUGGUAAUGCGCUGGCGAAGGUUAUGGACAUUUACCAUGGGAUGCUUGCAGAAAAGUCCCCCGUCAAACCUAACACAAUCCACAUGAACUGCGUUCUGAAGAUGUGCUCUAAGGCUGGUAAUAUUGACGCCCUGUUUGGAGUCGCUUCCCAGUUCGCUCGACAUGGCCUUGCAGCGCCGAAUAACUUGAGCUUUACAAUCAUGCUCAAUGCUCUCCGCCAGGAAUCUUUAAGUGCGUCCCGAGGGUCUCUUACUCCAAUGGAAAAGCGAGCUCGGUUCCGGGAUUGUAUUACACGUUCGAGAGAUGUCUGGACAGAUGUUGUUGACCGCUGGCGAAAGGGAGACUUAUGGAUAGACGAGGAGUUGGUUGCUACUAUGGGCCGCCUUUUGCUCAACGGUCAAGAGGAUGACUGGGAUGACAUUUUCUCAUUGAUCGAGCAAACUAUGAACAUUCCACGCCAGGUCCCGAGGCUGGGUACUCCUGACCGUGCCCGUAUCGAGCCGGCGCAACAGAGUCAGGAGCUUGAGCGAGACGGAAUUUCGAAAGAGCUUCAGGCUGAUGAGGAAACACCUGAACACGUCUUAUACUCUGAGACACAAGAUGGGGCUGUCAUGUCCGGUGAGAAGUUUGAAGCAAUCAAGGCGCCCGUCACCAAAGAAGACGGCAUCGCCAUGUACGCCAAACCAGGACAGAACUCCCUCUCUCUCCUCCUCAAAGCAGCACUACAACUAAACCUCAAAGCUCCCGCCACAGCAUAUUGGGACAUCUUCACCAAGACUUACCUCGUACAACCUGACGGCGAGAACUUCCACUCCUACCUUCGCGUUUUGCGUCUCUUCAGAGCCAGCACCGAGAUGCUCGAGGUCCUUUCCCAAAUGUCAAGACAAGACAUGGAAGUCAAGACCUUCCGCCUCGCAAUGUCGACCUGCGCCCGCGACAAGCGCAACCCCAAUGCUUUCUCCAAUGCUGGCAAAGUCCUCGACCUCAUGACGAAGAACCUCCCCCACCCUGAUAUUCAAGCCUUAGAACAAUAUCUGGAAGUAGCCAUCGACUCGCCCGCGCGAGCGAAAGUUCAAAACGCUCAAGGCGAGCAAAUCCUCCGUGCUCUCGAGAGACUCAACCCCUCAUUCCUUAAUCUGAAGUCAGCGAUGCAGUUCACUGGUACAACGACCGAAUUCAAAGCUCCGCAUGCCAGGCUGGAGCUCAUCGAUAAUAUCAUACGACUUGCCGGUAGGAUGAUCCGCGCCUUUGAUCACCUCAUGAACAAAGCCCUUGUACCAAGAGAGAUGUUUGGAGAUCUCACCAAGCAGCGCAGCAAGAUAUCUGCAUUCAUUACUCGCUACCAACACAUUAAGUCUGAUUUAUCGAGCCCUAGAAGACUCGAGCACGGCUCUGAUUCCGGGGAACCUCGCUCAGAACAUGUCAUGAACUCAGAUGACUACCGUCAAAGCCCUGGAUCCAUGCCAGGAAAGAGUCAGACGAGCUCCCGGGUCUCAGCGAGGGCUUAAGAAUUUCUCGAAUGUAUCAAUAUCAGAGCGGCUGGGCAGGAGGAAAACUAUUGCUGUGCCUAGACCAUGUAUAUUAGCGAUCCGGAACAAUUCCCAUGUACAAUAAAUAUAUGUGAACUCUACCCCACCAUCACGAUCCUGGAUCUCGUUUCCCCCCCCAAAGGAGAUAAUGAACUAAUUGUCUAUUCUUUUCUUUGACGCUAUGGUUUCUCCCUAUUGAAUGAAAAGUCAUUGUGGCUAUUAACCUGAUGCUCUCUGUUUAAGGAUAGCGCAGUCCGGGUAACUAUCAUUGCUAGCAAUAUUCCCUUAUAACAUAUACGGCAGCAGUCCAUCUCAAUACUCUCCUGGUCCCCAUGCGCUGACCAAUCUCAUCGCAAGUACUCAUGAGAAUAACGGUCGCCUUCAGAUCCACAAUAGCCCAUUAUCCGUACAUUUCAACAUCGCGAAUGGAGGCAUCUUCAUUCUCAUUCCCUCCGUGCUGCCUGGUCCUCUUCAAAACUUCCCCGAAUUGAAAACUCGCCUCUGUAUCAAUAUCACUGAACCGAGAAUGCGGUCUGUCGAAUAUCGAACUGGGCGUCACAGUUCGGUUCACCGGUGAUGGGGCAGAAUGGGAACCUGCCGACAGAGUUCUGGAGAUUCUGCGUACUUUGCCUGAAUCUGCACUCGUCUCGGAUGGCUCUCCUCUAUACCGGCUUGAUUGACGGCUGAAGGAGGGCGAAACACUAGAGAUUUGAAGUGGUCCUCUGCUUUGCUCAGGUA